AGUGGCGUUUCCCUGCCAUAUGCCGUCCCUCCUCUGGAAUGUGAUUAUCCUCAGUGGAGAGAAAAACAGAGGCUGAGCGGAAAACACAGUGUGCGGGGGAAGCAAGCGAGGGGGAAUAGAAGGAGGAGGAGGAGCAGUAAAGCAAGUGUAGAGACAGAGAGAGAGAGAGAGAGAGAGGAAGGAUGGAGGAUGCAGAGUGUGUGGCGGCACGGCUAGAGAGGGAAGGGUUCAUGAGAGGGCUGUUCAGUCUGGCAUGAUUCUCUGGAUAAGGACGACGGAACUGAACUGAAGUGGAAAUCUCACACACACAUACACACACACACACACAGCUGCUGUCUCCAAUCCGACGAAGACUCAGUCACAGCAAUGAGCAAUCCUGAGGUGUAUCAGCCACAUUAAUGUGAACGCAGACACAGAUGCAGAAACAGAUGGAUGUGGAAACCGGUCCGGGUGCUUCAUGGUAGCAGAUAAAGCUGGCAACGCCAGCUGCUUUCCCUCCAAACAAUCUGAGGAAGAGGAGCCUUGUGUUGGGGUGAAGAUCGCUCAGAACAAAGCUGUUGGAAGCCACAGUCCUGAUGAGCAAGGUCGUCGCACUGAGAAGUUGAGUCGUGGAUGCAGAUUCAGCAAUAAGAGCCUUACUGGAGUAAAUGGAAGAGUUUCAGGUCGACGGCCACCACUGCAUCCCAAACCACAAGUGCCUCCUAAGCCAGCACACCUUCAGAGUCCGGUGACGGAAGUCUCCUUUCCCCCUGCUGCUGGAACGUCACCCAUCAGUCUCAACAUGGAUGGAGGAGGAGUAGGAGGAGCAAUAGGAAAGGGCCUAGUGUCCAACCUCAUCAGUCGCUUUGAGGAGAGCAGUCACACAGACAUUCGGAGGGAGGGUGCUCCUCUGAAGCAGGUCAGCAGAACUCCUAACUGCAGCCCGGCUCACAAAAACUACCAGAGACAGACGGAGCAGCCCACAGACCCCGGCUCUCCUGUGAACAGUCCACGCCAUGCUCUCAAACCCCCCAAUGGGUUUCUAGCCCAACAGAAAAGAGAACAGGACAGGAAUCGGGACAUGGACAGAAUUACGCAUGACACGGUUCCGGUCGUGAAGACAGACAGGCAGGGACUGGUGAACGGAGAUGCCGGUGAUGUGGCUAAGAGGGAAAUUAUAGACGAGGACUGUGUAGAUCCACCUCACACUCACAUAGAAUGGGCAGAAGAGGAGGAGAGGAAAGCGCCGGAGCAGCAUGACGUUGUGAUGAACAGCAUCCCAGAGCAGAAGGAAACUAACGAGCAGAAGCUCUACAAGAUAGCAAAUGAACUUCUGCAGACAGAGAAGGCUUAUGUUGCACGACUCAACUUAUUAGAUAAGGUGUUUUAUUCCAAGCUCUUAGAAGAAGCAAGAAAAGAAACGUUCCCCAUGGAUGUGGUGAAAAACAUCUUUUCCAACAUCUCUUCCAUUAAUACCUUCCACAGCCAGUUCCUUCUGCCUGACCUGGAAAAACGCAUGGGAGAAUGGACGUCGACACCUCGCAUUGGGGACAUCCUACAGAAACUCACUCCCUUUCUGAAGAUGUAUGCUGAAUAUGUGAAGAACUUUGAUCAUGCCAUGGAUCUGCUGAAGCAAUGGCUGGACCGAUCGCCUCCAUUUAAAGCCAUCAUUCUGGAAAUCCAGAGUCAAGAAGUGUGUGGAAGUCUGUCGCUGCAGCACCACAUGUUGGAGCCCGUUCAGAGAGUGCCACGAUACGAGAUGCUGCUCAAAGACUAUCUGAAGAAACUUCCUCACGAUCACGUAGACCGGCGGGACGCUGAAAAGUCUUUAGAGAUCAUUGCCACGGCUGCCACUCAUUCCAACACUGCCAUUAGGAAAACAGAAAACCUUAAGAAAUUGCUGGAGAUUUAUGAGAUGCUCGGGGAGGAAGAGGACAUCGUGAACCCUUCAAAUGAGUUAAUAAAAGAGGGUCAUAUUCUGAAGCUGGCAGCAAGAAACACUUCAGCCAUGGACCGAUAUCUCUUCCUAUUCAACAACAUGCUACUGUACUGCGUUCCAAAGUUCAGCUUGGUGGGACAGAAGUUUACAGUUCGCACACGUAUCGGCAUUGAUGGCAUGAAGGUGACGGGGACGUACAAUGAUGAUUAUCCUCACACCUUUCAGGUUUCUGGAAAGGAACGGACACUGGAGCUGCAGGCCAGCUCUGAACAGGAUAAAGAAAGCUGGAUAAAGGCGUUCCAGGAAACGAUACACAUCUAUCUCCAGAAAAAUGAGACCUUCAAGUCAGCAUUCAAAGAUCCCGAGGAAAUACCGGAUCUCAAGAUAUCAGAACUGGGUAAAAGAGCUCCUCGCUGGAUUCGAGACAAUGAGGUGACCAUGUGCAUGAGGUGCAAAGAGGCCUUUAAUGCCUUGACGCGCAGGAGACAUCACUGUCGGGCCUGUGGAUACGUGGUCUGUGGGAAGUGCUCAGACUACAAAGCCCCUCUGGAAUAUGAUGGGAAUAGGAUAAACAAGGUGUGCAAAGACUGUAACUCCAUCCUGACAGGCCACAUAGACAGUGAGGAGAGGGAGGGCAAGAAGAAGGGAAUUCUAGAGAUUGAAGCUGCUCAGUUCUCGGGCAACAGUAUCAUGUGUGGCUUCCUGCAGUACUGCGAGAAGAACAAGCCUUGGCAGAAAGUCUGGUGUGUCAUUCCUCAAAAAGAAGCUCUAGUACUCUACUUGUACGGAGCACCUCAGGAUGUCAAGGCACAGUCCACGAUUCCUCUGCUCGGCUACCAGGUGGAGGACGGCCCAAGAGCCACCGACCCUCCCGCAAGCUUCAGACUAUCUCAGUCUAAAUCAGCCCACAGCUUUGCAGCAGAGAGCGAGGAUCUGAAACAGCGCUGGCUCAAAGUGAUCCGUAUGGCGGUGACGGGAGAGGUACCAGAAUCGCCUGAAGAAAACCAUUCUACGGAAAUCACCCAAGAGCCCAGCUCUGAUGGUGUCUGAGCAAACUCUUGUUGAAGAUUUUAGUACUGACGUGACGGUGCUGUCGGUAGAAAAAAGUGUUGACGUUCCCGUUUCCAAAAGUUCCAUUUGGAUUUGAACACAUCCAGAAUAUGGGGCUUUAAAGCAUAUGGAUAUCAGCUUGACCCCUACCUGACAGAUUUGAAGUUCACAAAGGAUGCAAACAUACGGGGCACAUGUGAAGUGUACAUGGAGGAACUAAGACAUGCUAUUCAUCAUCACACUAUACUGACGCAGCAGUUUUAAGCCUAAAAAAAAUGUACAAUUCAGAAUAUUUACAUGUUGUAUGUAUAGCAUAUUGUGGCAGAAAUCCAGACGUGUUGACACCAUUGUAAAAAACAAUAUAUAUAUAUUAUUUGUAAAUGCAGGACUUGAGCGCGUUUCAAAAGACAAGAUUGCAAUUUACUGCAAAUAUAUACAGUAUAUUGCAUUCAGAUGCAAAAUGCUCUGCAUGCAAUAGAAACUGCUUCAUUAUGGCCAGCAGACAUGUAGUGUUGUCAUCAGAGUUGAUCUUAGGUUGGGUUGCAGCGGUAUCAUAGUACUGAAAUUGACAAUUUGCUUAUCUAAGGUGAGGCUGAAUAAAGCUUCAUGUUUCCAUUUAAAACAACUUGUUGAAAUGUUAGCUCUCAUUUAAUUGCCCAAUCAGUGUUUUAACCACGAAAAGAUGGCAAUGAAACAGCUUGUGAAUAACACGUGACAUAACGUUAUAUUUACCUUGGGAAAGCGUGAGAGUUAGCCAGAAGAAAGGACUUUAACCUGUUAAAAAUGUUUUAAUGGAAAUUACCUUAUGUGCAAUUUGAAUGUUUUUAGUGAAAACUGUUUUGUUUGAGCGAGAAGCCUACUAAAUUCAGUAGUUUGGUCUGUGUCCUUUAUAACUAUUUAAUAUUAGUAAAGUUUCAGUUGAGAGGGGUUUGUUUAGUUUACAACAUUAGUUUUAGAAAAACUGACGUGUAGCUUAAAUAAAUUGGAUAUAAAUACAAAAUCAAAUAUGCAAUACAGUAUAACUUGCUGUAAAGCCGUGACACUGUUAUCAUACCGUUGCAACCCUCAAGCCUAACCGAGGAUGCAGAUCUAACAUGUCGCUUACGUGGUAACAUAAUCAAGUGCGCUUCAGCGUCACCUUCUGGUUUGCAGUGCCUCAGCACAACAGAUAUUAAAAGUCUGCUGUACCUGGAUUAGUUCCCAAAACAAAACGACAGCAGUCUCUAGAUAAUGUGAAUAAUGUUCACUCUCCAUAAGCUGUUUCACUUUUUCUCAUUGAAAAGCACAUUUGAAUCAAACAUGAACUAAAUUGUGGCUUUGGUGUCAGUAGCUCAGCAGACUUUAUCAGAUGGACAGUGUGGUUUAUCAGCUCUCUAAUCAUGGUAAUAGAUUCAGUAUUUAGUGAAAUAACUGGUUGUAAAUCAAAUCUGUGUUACAGUUUCUGUAAUGGAUCUUUUGUGUGUAGACAGUUUUUGCUCUGUAUAUCUACUGUGGGCAGCACGAUCACACUCAGUAGAUCCGCUGGAGCAGGGACACAUGUACAUGUUCUUUAAAUACUGUAUAAUUGUAUUAUUUAAAAAUAAUUUAUAGCGGAAAUGCAUGAUUUUACAUAGCACAAAAUUACAUUUUCAGUCUAGAUCGGACCAUUUAUUCAUCGCUUUGUAUUUAAGAAAUAAGCUUUCAUUUACACUUACUUCUGCGUAUUCUUAGCAUUACUGGAAAUGAAUUUGUUUUCACUUUUAUCACAUCAACGUUGUGAGUUACAGGCCUUCUUUCACACUCAUUAAUCUUAAGCCGAAGAAACCACUAUUUGGUUUGAUGUUUCUGAGAAACUAUCAUGUGGUAACAAACAAUUCAAAAACAACUUGACCUUGAAACAUAUCACAGCUGUGAAUUGUAGUCAUAUUUUUGUCUUUGUCAACCAGUUGUUGAUGUCACAGUCCAUAUUUUCUGAAUGGGACGUGCCGAUGAUAUUUGCAGUCACGCACACAUUUUUAAAGGCAAACUAUGGAAGCAACUAUGUUGGUAUAUUAAAUGUGAGUGUCUAUUAAAACAUGGAUGUGUGCUCAUUGUUGCCAUUUGAAACAAUUCUUACCAUGCGAUCUGAAUGUAGUCUGCUGGUUCACUCCCAGAAUCCCUUCCACAGUAAAGCUACAUCAGCUCUCAAAACAGAGACAGACCCUGUUCUAUACAUACAAAUGAAACUGAAGAUUACGCACUUUACUGUUUUCAUAAAGCGUACCUUGUAAAAUAAAACAAGAUUAUUCUGUGA